UUUGGAGUUGGCCGUUUGAUUAUUUAGCUGAUAUCUCUGUUAUAUCCACGGUACCUCCUUGCCUUCUUCUUGCUCGUCACUUUGAUAUCUUCUGCAAAAGAAAAAAAACAGCACGGUAGCGAGCCUAGCCCUUUUCCUUCAUAUAUUUCAAUCCGAUUUACCUCCCAAAAGUCCCAGACUGUGAGCAGAAAAUGACACCGGCCAUGGAGGGGGUUGGCUUCCCUGAAGCUACCCCGCCCCAAUGUCUAGGAGGGUCAAACUCGAACCAUGAUGGAAAUGACACCUAAAUGGAGUGGCAGAUGCGACAAAAACCUAAGAGUGGUCAAGUCACACUCUAAUGGUAAGAAUGAAAUUGGAAACAAGGUACGGAGUACACAUUACUUUUAAAGGUUUUGAAGUUUCAAUUUAACCCUUAUGAGUUCUGGAGAUUAAAACCCUUGGCAUUUAAGAAGGCUCUUUACACUUCAACAAUGCUGCUAUUGGUUCCCUUUGAUGCCAGUCCAACUAUGUCCUAUAUAGUUUCAAGAAGGCUCAUUCAUCCAACUAUGUCCUAUAUAGUUUCAAGAAGGCUCAUUCGUCCAACUAUGUCCUACAUGACCUAUAUUUCUAUUUUGGUCCAUCAUGAAAUGUCAGUACUACACCACAAGGUUCAUAAUUGUGUGGCUCAAAAUCGUCCAUUCUUUACAAAUGGAAUAUUGACCACUCAACUCCCCUUCUCCUUAGUAUGUGAGCCACUUUUACUUGCUCCAAACUUAGCGGAACAAAGAGAGUUAACAUAUGCACAUACCGUGUGUGUGUGUGAAGAGUUAACAUAUGCACAUACCGUGUGUGUGUGAGUGUGUCUGGGUGUGCACACACAUGUAGGGGGUGAUGGGGGGUUAGGAGAGUGGGUGACCAACAUUGCCCCUCCACCAGGGUCAACUAGUUUCCCCUCCCAUUAAAUUUUCAUGAGAUCGACA